GGCAUUUUCGGGCUUGGGAGUCUGUUACGUUACAGUUUAAUUUUAGAAAGCAGGAGCGGGAUGUGCCCGUAUCCCCAUACGCCACUGUAUAGUCGACCGCUACACUCCGGCACGACCCUAUACCGAAUAUGGACCAAUCUCGAAUUUCGUCGCCGGGCGCCAAAUUGAGAAGGUGUAAACUUACUACUCUGAAAAUGCUUAAUUUUAGCAUAGCGUGUGCCAUGUAGGGGGGCUUUCGUGCGUGUGUACCGGGAACGCAUCCGCUCGGGCGAGUGCGAAAAGUGCAACGCGGCCGAGCUCCGGUGUAAGCUGUGUUUUUGUGGCUCGAGAAAUUCGAAAUAGGUUCAUAAGCGGAAAUGUUGCGUUCUGUGAAGAACUCAAUGUGUUCCUGAAACCUUUCUGUCUUGAGAUGUCUCUUAUGUUUUAUUUCAAACCUCUGUUUUUCGUUUUCAGUUGUUUGAACGUUGUAUCAGAAAUACGAGUGCAAAUAAAUUUUUGUUUUCGUUAUUAGGUUAAUGACAACAAACAAGUUCAUUAAUGUUGCCGGAACAAAGCUUCCCUGUUGCAGAAAUUAUGCAAACAGAGGACAUCAGCAAUAGUAAGUCACUGGAUAACGACCUGUCUUUGAACACUUCUGCAGAAAUUGCUAUGACUGUGAAAGAAGAGCCCUGUGACAAGGCCGCUCCAGUUUCACCGCCCAGCAGAUCCUCGUCUCAAGAGCCCAGUGCAGCUGACAGAGAUGAUACUGGGAGUCAAAAUUCUGUUCCUGUAUCAACAUCUACUUGUUUGCCCAAUCCUGGAGAAAGAGGCAGAGGAAGGGGACGACGCAGAUCUCGCUGGAAGCUCAAAUUCCAUCACCAGGCUCUUCCACCAGAAUAUCUGGACCACUAUGAAGCUGCAAUGGCUCAGCAGGAUGCAGCUGCUGCAAAAUCUGCCCAGAGCAAGCAGCAACGUCCAGUUCCUCCCCUUGUCCCACGCCGCCCCCCUGUCAUCAAACGGGAAACUGAGGGCCAGUGUACAUCGACUUCCCCACUGACUGCUGCAGCUACUGCAAUUGAAAGACUGCAUAUAGUAGCAGCACCUAGUGAUAUAUCUGGCAAAACCUAUAUGGAUUUUCAACAUAGAACUGAAGACAGUGUAAUUACUGAAACAUCUCCUAGAUUUGCAAGACAUAAUGUCAAUAGAAACAGUGAAAGGUGUGUUCCACCAAAAGGACUUUUGGGAAGCCUUUUAGCAAACACUGAUAGUUGCCUCCUUGCAGAUACAGGAAUCAACAAAUCAUCUUGUGAGAGUGACCACAGAAGAUCAUCAGUCAUCAUAUCAUCUGUAUCAAGUGGAACUGAUGUGAACAGCAACAGCUGCUUAAACCAUUCUACAGCAUCAAGUGCAAAUGUAUGUUCUAACACUGCAAAUAAGGUAAUGAACUAUCAGGACCUGCCAUAUAUGGGAGAAAUAACUCUUGACAACAUGAAGCCACGGAGAGGAAGAAAACCAAAAAAAGCUGACAUAUGCCAUUUAAUUUACAAGAAUUAUGGCACUGUUUUUCCUGGCAUGACUGCAAAGGCUGUUGCAGAUACUACUGAAGAGUGGCAUGGAAGACAGUUAAAUCAGCCUGAACCAGUCAUAUGUAACACAUCCACUGAUGUCACAGCUAGUACCAGUGUUGCACAUGACUCAUCAUUUUUAAGGGCUAAGAAUGGAAUUCUUGAAUCUUUUAAGGCCAAUGUACCACUCAAUCACAGUGAUGUGCAGAACAGGAUUAUCAGCAGUUUACUGGAAAAGCGACUGACAGCUGUGUCACAUGACCCUAAUCGAGGAACUGCAGUAAGUGCAGAUUAUUUACGUAAUGUUGGUAAAGUGGAAUCUCGUGUUGACACCGAGAAUUGGGACAAAGCCCAAGGGACUUCAGUAUUAGGUGAGGAUGAGGAACCACUGAAUCUUUGCAUGAAAGACUUGAAUCAGCUAAAAAUUAGACUGUUAAGGAAACAUGACAAUUUUUAUGAGUCAAGAACCAGUGAAGCUACCACAGUAAAAAGUGAACCCCCAUCACCGAGUGAGGCGGACCACACAGAAGAAAGUGAAUCUCUGCUUGAUGACUUUCCCAGUGAGUGUGUGAUUGCAAAUAGUGAGCCCAAAGUCAUGCUUUCUGCAACACAGGAUAAUGAAGGCGUACAAGAAGGUUUAAAUAUGUUUCCUCCUUCAGUAUGUCCAAAUCCGUCCUCAGUGUCAGUAUUUCCAUUUGAUCCUAACAGUGCUGUCAUUCCACCUAUGCCUUCUGGAUAUGUGUACUGGCCAAGUACAGGAGUCUUUGUGCAUCCAAUGGCACUUCAAUCACAACUUCUAUAUUACCAGAAGUUAGGUGCAAUACCCAUAGUGCCUAUCGCUCCAGAGCAGAGUCAAGGGUUCGUCCAAACACCUUUGCCAUCAGUAAACAUUUUGCCACAAGUCACUGCAACACCGUCUCCUACCCAAACAAAUCCUACCAAAAUUGUUCCUGGGAAAGACCCUAAGUCAGCACACGGUAAAACUGUGAUUCCUAAAGCAUUUUCAAUGAUGGUAGAAGCCAAUCAUAAAAAUUCUACUAAUUCCACACCGACAUUGUCUGAAACCAGUUUUACUAGGAUGAAGCGACUAGCACCAUUGGGCAACCCUCCAGCCUCUGGAGCCCCAACAAAAAAGAAACGCUCUGCAAUUUUCAUUCCACCCAUGCCAAGUGAAAAUAGUACUAACCCCACAACUGAAGUCAGCAUAUGCAAAUUCAAGUUUACAGGAGGGGCUAAACCAAGCCUUCAAGAAAAGAAAAUGCUUUCUGUAGAUUCUGGAGGUAAUUUUCGUUACUACAGUGGAACAGGUGAUAAAUCUAUGAGAGGGUAUGAAUUCUUUCCAAGAGAAUCACUUCAACAAUCAAGUGCAGCGUCAUCAUCGUCUCCAUCUGAGAAUUUUCUUACAGCUGCUUCAACCAUGAGUGGAGGUGACAGAAAUAUCCCUGUGAAAGAUAAUCACACGCAAGGAAUUUUUCCACUAGACAGUUCAAGAACUCAUGUUCAGCAAUUUCCAGUGUGUAAUGAUAUGCUAACAAGAGAACUGCAGAAUGCUAAUGUACUGAAUAGGACUUCUGAACAAAGUGGGGCUCAUUUCAGUACUGCACACAGUACUGAUCAUAUCUUCAGGCCUGCAGAUGUCAGUGAGGAAAACUCUUCGCAAUAUCAUUUAUCACGUCGCAAACGGAAAACGAGAAAGUCUUUGGCUCGAGAAAAGUUGGAGCAGACGUUUAAGGAAAAAGGAUUUCUUAUACAGACUCAACAGUUGGAAUCUGCAGAAGGAGCCACCUACUGCAAAUUCAGGCAGUUGAGAAAAUUCACUCGUUACCUUUUUCGUUCAUGGAAAGAUUAUUUACCAGGAAAUGUUCGUGAGAUGUCCAUUGCAGCAGGUGUAUCAGGAGUUGAUGGUUCCCCACAUCAGAGUCCUGAAGGAGCAGUAUCAGAAGGAGAACUGUCUUCUAGUAGUCGCUCGUCACCAGCUACACAAGACCCUCCUGAACAACCUCCAGCUGACUAAUUUUCUGCUCUCGAAUCAUGUAAAUCUGUAUAUAAAUGUAUUCAGAUUUUUGUAAAUAUGUAAAACUUUAUAAACAUUUGGAACACUUAUUGAUAUCAUGUCAUUUCAGCUCUUAGGCAACAAAAAACUGAAUUUGCUGUAUUUAAUCUCUUCUCAUCUUUAUCUGUGUUGUUGAAGAGUUAAUAUUUUAUUUUUGUGAGUCAUUGUCCAUUGUUUUGUUUUUUCAAUGAAGCUGUUUAGUUCCUUGUUUACAAUCUGAAGAACUGUUGUUACAUUUGUAACUGAGAUUAGUUAAGUUGGGCACUUUAAUAUAUGAUUCAGAAACAUGAGUAACUUAAAAUGCUGCUGUAUAAAAUGUGACAUGUGUGGAGCAAUAACAGAAAACAAAAACAUGGUCUGUACACUGUUCACUAGCCUCAUGAAUAAUAUCAAUUCAUUUACACUAUUGUGUUAAUUUAAGAAGGCAACAAUUGUAAAAUUAAUUAAUUUUUCAUGUUAAAAGCAAUCUAUUUAUUAUUGUUCUGUAAAAUAGAUAAACAAAGUAUUACACAAUUAUGAAAAAGGCUGUGAAAUUUAUUGCCAUGUAAACUGUCUACAGUUCUUUCUCUUAGCAUGUAGUCAGUUAAUGUGUUUAAAAUAAUUAUUUCAUAGUGACUGAGUAACAGAAACAGCUUUUCUUCUUUACCAUGUCAGAAUCAUUAAUUUUUAAUCAGUUAAAUAGGUUUUUUAAAAUUUGUAAUGCUUAGUUCAGAUUGCUGCAAUUACCGCCUUUUUCUUCCAGAGUCAUCACUCAUGUUCAUGUGUGUUUCCUUACAAGUAGGAAAGUGGUCUAUUUUGCUUGUUUUUGUAAUAGUAUGUUUGUGGACUUCAUUAAGUUACAGUGAUUGCAUUUGGUUUCAGUCUUAACGAUUGUGUGUGCACUGAUUAGAGAGGCUAAGUGAAUGUCUCCUUAAUUUUGAUCUCCAACUGCAUUUCAAGAUUGUUUCUAGGUUCAAGAGCUUUAAAUGGUAGACACACGAUAAAGUGUCAUGUAAAUAUGUUAUACCAAAGACCAUAAAAUUUAAUUUUUAUGAUUUCAAAUGUUAAUGUUGAAAUAUAAAUCAAUAACACAUAAUUAUGAUUCUCCAUUCUUUUGUUUGGGUGGAUAUCUUUACAUGGAUAUAAUCCAUAACAAACUAUUACACAUGAACCAUAUAAUGGAAAAAAUUUCUAGAAGUUAUCAUACUCGUAGUAUGUAAUAUUGAUGAAUAAACAGCUGUCAUCAUUGUAUAUAUGCUAUCAGGCUGCACAAGCAAAAAUUUGACAUGGCAGGUUCUCAGAAUAGAAUAUUUCACCUGUAAUGCAGUUUACAGUAAUGGAAAUUAUAAAAUGUGGUGAAUAGACAAUACGUUAUAGCACAGAAAAGUACACAUGCAUGUAACUGUGGAAACACUGUUGAGGCUGCAGAGUUUGUGUGUGUGUGUGUGUGUGUGUGUGUGUGUGUGUGUGUGUGUGUGUGGAGAGAGAGAGAGAGAGAGAGAGAGAGAGAGAGAGAGAGAGAGAGAGAGUAGUUGGAUACAUGCUUAAAAUGAAAAGUGACUGGUAGAUCAUAGUGAAGUUUUUGUGCUGUUAUGUUUGUUUAUGUACUUUCCAUCAAUAAGCUACAGGUGAGCAGCUUUCUGCCUUCAUUUCCCAAAAUAAUUCAACAUGUAAUAAAAUAUGUUUAAUGUUUUAACACUUUUUAUAAGCCUGGAGGGUAAGAGAAUUUUGUGAUCAUAUGGAACAGAUGUAUGUGAGGUCACUGUCACAAACCAUUUGUAUCACUGUCACUAUUACUAUCUUUUAAAAUCAUAUAUUUUUACACAAUCAGUUGUCACUUCAAUACUCAUUUGACCAAACAGAGUAAAUGUGUAAAUGCAUGAAAACACAAGUAAUCAAAUAAAUUUUUGUAGGCUGGGCCCAACUUAAUUACAGGGCAGUAAUUUAUGGCACAUUUUUAAUGUUUGAACAUCUCCCUCUGCUAAACUGUUUAUUAAACAUAUAAAGUGAAAUAACUAUUUGAAAUUAAAAGUGCCUCUGUAGCUUUACAAUGCAGUAUUGUACCAUACUCAAGUGACUUUCCUUGGGAUGCAUUCUCUGGCUCCUUAUUUGACUACAUUAGCUCAAAAGGGUUAAUAAUUAAAAAUUAUAGCCUGUUCCCAACCAGUAUAUAUUGCUUCUUAUGGCUGCAAGACAUAAUUGCACUUAAUCGUAAUAAAUGUUGCUGUGUUUGUAGAUUAUAUUAUAAAACAAUCCUUCGGGAGAUCUUUUCAGAAAUGAAUUGCAAAUUGCACAUCAGUAAAUGAAAGUUACAAGUACGCUUUUACAAUAUCAUAUUUAUAUAUCACCUGUGUGGCACACGGAAAUAAAUCCACCAUAACUUAUAGGAAAGUGACUUACAAUCAAUAUUUUGCUCUACGGUCUCAAUAAACAAAUAAAUUCUUGCAGUUAAGCUGUUGCAUUUAGUUAAGUUGUGCUUGUCAGUUUUGUCACAGUGAUUUACAGCUACAAGAAUACUACCAUCGCUACUAAAUGUUUCAAGUUGUUUAUCCAUAUAAACCAUUUAUUACAAGGAUAUAAUCAGUACAUAUCAAUCUGUUCAAGCUCACUUACAUAAGAUUGCAUUUAUUGUCUGUUAUUUUCAUGAUGCUAUUGUAGAAAGCUUUUAUUUUGACCUCUUUGCAUCAUUAGUUGUACAUGCAAAAUUCAGUUGCGAGAACUGGAAGUCAAUAAUAAGAAUAUGUUUGCCCAUUCUAUUAUUUACGAGCAUGAAUUUGUAUUACAUACCUUCCUGUCUUGGAAUUUCAAAUCUAAUAGAUCAUAUCCCUCUUUUUUUAUCAUUGACCAUUGCUAUCUUUGCCUAUGUUAGAGAGAUAUCUUGAGACACAUCAUGUGCAUCCUUGCUUUAUAUGUUUCCUAAUCUACCAAUCAUAACUGUCUUAGGAAAGACUAAAACUGUACUUCCAGUCUGUACUUCAUGUUUUAUUUAUUAUAUGUAUGUUAUGCCCUGCACCCUUUUUUGUAUGUUUAGAAAAACAGUUAAGUCUUUUGCACUAUUUUGCCAGUGUGACGAAGUCACUAAUUUACAUAAUUUACAGAUAACUACCCACAAAAACAAAAAACAGAACUUCUGUGUACAUUACAGAUUUUACUGUUCCUGGGAGUCAGUUGUCUUCACAAAUCACACAUACUGUGUGAGUAAGUCUAAGAAAUUUAAGGGUCCAAUAAAUAUAAUGCCUUAGUCCACUCAGUUGGAGAUGCAACAUACCAGAACAGAAAUGACUAUAUAUUUCCACUCAUGGUACUUAAGUCACAUUGUACUAUGAUCAUUCUAAAACAGAGUAUUUUUGAGAUUUUAAAUAUUAUCUUUAUGCAUCAUUGUUGUUGUUGUUGUUGUUGUCUUCAGUCCAAAGGCUGAUCUGAAGUAGCUCUCCUUGUUUUAAUCAAACUGUGCCACAAAACUCUUUUUCUCAUCAGUUUCAUUAAGUUUUUUCAUUAACUGUCUGAUCUUCAGUAUUCCUCUGUAAUGCCAAAUUUUAAAAGUUUCCUUGCCUUUUGUUUGUAACGUUUAUUGUCCUCAUUUUACUUUUAAUCAUAAGAGGUGAAAUACUACCUAUGUUAGCAUGAAUGCCACAUUCUUCAUAUCUCCAGGUGUAACAUUGUCCAGUAGCUUCCCUACCACAUAAGUGUACUGUACUAAGUAACUUGAGACAAACAUGUUUGGGACUGAAGAAUAAGCAGCUGACAGAGAAUUAAUUUUUCUGCAGUUCAGGAAACUAACAGUAUUAGAGGAAGAGCAGAAAUGGAUCAUAUCUAACCUCCUUUUGUUGUAAAUUCCAAAAAGUGAAAAAUCAGCCCUGAAAUAUUAUAAGCUCCAAACAAUAAAAACAGGAGUUCUAUAGAGAACAAGAAAAAUGUUAAAACUGUGCAAUGUCAUAUGUGUUCUUACCGUUGUGACUAUACAGGAAGGAAGCACAUAAAUAAUUUAAUUUCAGCAAUAUUAGUAAGACGGUAGAUUGUGACUCACUGUAAAGAAGACCUGUUGAGUUAGAGACAGGAACAAUGACAAGACUGUUGCACAUUCUAGCUUUCAGCAAAAGUCUUCUUCAGUAAAGAAAACACACCCACAUUCUUACAAGCAAGCAAACCUCACGCACACAGUUCGCUACUCCCGACACAUCCGACCAGAGGACCAUUUCCAGUCAGAGCUGCUGGUGGUAGCAGUCAUGUGUGAAUGAGAUUGUUUGCUUAUGUGAAUGUGUGUGUUUUCUUUGCUGAUGAAGGGUUUGGCCAAAAGCUAUAAUGUGUAACUAUCUUUUCAUUGUGCAUGUCUGCAACUCAAUGAAUUAUCUUUAUGAUGAGAAGCAAAGUAUCCUUUUGCUAAUAUUGUUGAUGUUCCAGCCUCGAGUUGUCAUUAUUUGAAGAAUUCAAUCUUGUCAUUUAUUGUUAGACGGUAAAGGUGAAGCUGGACACAGUAUCUAUUCACCCUUCACACCAUAACUGUUAACUGUGAACUCAACACCUGCUCAUGUUAUUAGUGAUGAAUAUGUGAAUGCAAUAACUAACAUCCUCCCCCCUCUUUCCAGAGAAAAUGCUUUAGAAAUCAGACUUUCAGUUCCUUACAACAAUGAAGAUCAAGUUUUUGAACUCAGAUUAUAAUUUGCUCACAGUUUUACCUUUGUAUAGCUUGCGGGACUAUUUUAAUAUCUUUUUGCCUAUUUCCCACAUAAUCAGAGAACCUGCUUUCAGUAUACAAUUUUGUAAUAUAUGCAGCGCAGUUUAACAUGUAGCUGCACUGCACUGCUGUGGCUUAAUGUUUUCCUGUGUGUCUUAACAGUAGCAGUUCACCUAGUUAUACUUACACUUUACACUGAGAUUGCUGUUGCUCUGUCAGGUACUGACCAAUACACUACAUUUGAAUAGUUUAGCAUUAAUGUAAGUUUGUUUUGUACAGAAAUGGUAUUUUUCAGUAAAUACCACAUUUCAUGUUAAAAAUAAAUUUAAUACAAUAUACAGAAAUUUAAACCAUUUUUGUCUUAUGCAUCCAUAGUACAAACUUAAUUUCAUUUUCUUAUUAUAAUUACCAUGUUAUUUCAAAGAUAGUGAAAAAAGCACUUUCCUCUCACAGAUAAGGAUUAUUUAUUCUUUGUUAUUAUUGUUGUUGUUGAAUUUGUUGUUACUGCUGCAGUUCCUCUUUACAAACCAACAAAUAACUUAUAUGUUCAUGAUGUUAAACUAUCAAAUGUGUUAACAUUUAUUUAUUAUAUGUUUGAAGUGUAACACAAUAUUUUAUUUAGUUAGUGUUGAGUUUUUAAUACACUUGUCUGACAGAGAAUAAUGAACAGAGAAUAAUAUGUUUUUUAAGAAUCCUCAGUAGAGUAUGAAUAUUUUAAGAAUGAAAAAAUAUAAGUACUCUCCAAAUGUGGCAUUAAUGUUUAUUCAUUUAUAGGUGGAAUACAAUGACUGAGACUGCACAAAAAUUUGUUUUAUUAUAGUAUGCUGCAAAAUUUGAAUUUGUACAGAUUUUUUCAAUAUUUUAAUCAGUAUGUGUUAUAAAUGAUGCUUGAGAUACUAAAUAUUAGCAGCACAUUUAUGGUACAUUUAUGUCUGACUACGGCUGUUGAUGUUUCUGUUCAAAUAACCCAAUAUUGCCUAGUAAGUAAUUUUAAUUGGUGAUAGUUUAAAAUAAUUUAAUUGAUUCCUAAAGACUGCGGACAAAAUCCAAAUUGUUAGUACUUGGAUGUGUAAAGUGGUAUGUAAUGUGUCACACUGAAUGUUAUCCUAUGAAAAUCAGCCUUUUUUUCAGGUGAGAUAGUCAAUGAUGUUUGUGGGUGUUUUGUUCUGUGAUGACUGAACAGCACUAAAAUUAUCAUACUUGUUCACCAGUUCAGUAGACGAGUAUACUUUAUCCUUUUACCAGAGUUGCAUAAAUAAAAAUAUUCAUUUUCA